UAAACCGCGCUUAGGUGUAGAGACUGUAAAGUUGAAUCGGUUUGUGUCUGUGGCUUUUAAAAGGGUCCUUAUCGGGCAAAAUUUAAUAAGAGUACACUGAUAUAUUAAACCACUCAGGUCUGAAUUUGUGUGAGCUUUCGGUUUCGUUUCUGUGCUCUAGCGUUAGCUUAUAAGUCAGCGUAUCGUUGUUAACACAUGAAUAUGUUAAUAUGUUAACAUAUAACCGCUAAACCAGUGGAGUUGCGUUUAUAAAAUUAUAUCUACUUAAGCUUAAAAUCUACAUGUUUAUCAGAUCCACAGCCUUUUGAAUUGCGUCAAUGGAAAGUGAUCGGAGUUUCGCAGUAGAUGAUGAAGACCUAGUUCAUUGUCCCGAUUUUGUCGUGAUUCCCCCGGAUCUCUCCCCAUGGAUCAGCUCAUCCCCCGGCAUCUGGUCCACUGAGAACAGCAUCCCAGCAGUAUUAGAUCAAUAUGCUCAAGACCCACACAACACAUUUGCACUCAGCAAAGAAACCCACAGCCAAGCUGCACAGACAGAGAACAGCGCAGAGGAAAGAUCUACAAACACAAACGAGGAUUGGAAAUCAGACAUGCAUGCUAUAGAUGACUGCAGAAUGAAGUUGACCCAGCAGUAUGAGGCUCUUAUGAAGCAGCAUGCAUCAGAAAAGGAUGAACACAAUCUUUGUGUCAGCAAUCUACAGAAGACAAUACAAGAGAGGGAUCAUCAAUACCAGGGUUUUAUUGAAAAAAUUGAAUCCUUGCAAACGAAACUGGAGCUGAAUAGCAGCAAGACCACACGGAAAAACUUCAUGAUAAAACGACAAGAGCUUACUGCAGAAAAAGAACGAAUGGAAAAGGAGAAAACAAGACUGGCUCUGGAGCUGGAGGACACAGACAAAAAACUAAAGAUGCUAAAGGAGGAGCAGAGUCAAGAGAAACUGACUUGGGAGAAGGAAAUAGCUGAUUUAAGGGUGGAAAUGGAGACGCUUUGCAGGCAGGCAGAGCAAGCCAACCAGACAGCACAAAGGGAUGAGAUGGCUGCACUUGAUAUGCAAAAGGAGCUUGCAGUUUCUCAGGUGGAGGACUGGAUUGCAGACAGUGAAAGAUAUCUUAAUUCUCUUAGAUUAAAUCCUUCCCAGCAGAAUUUGCACCAACGACAGCAAUGGGAGCAGAAUUUGGUGAUGGUCCGCAACAAUCUGACAGUAUUAAAGAAUAAGUUUAAUGAACACCGUCAGCUCCUGCAGAGAGGUGAACAGUUGGAGAAUUUACCAUCAAUCCCUCUCCCUUCACUUCCACCAGUGCCUAUAAUUGUAGACAGCUUGCAGCAUCAUUUGCCCUUCAUGAACACUUUUCUAGUUGGCCAAAUUGUAAGACACAUGGUGACAUACAAGACUAGUCAGAGACACAGGGAAAGAUUUCAAUCCGCUCUUCAGUUCGAGCUAAUAAUGACUUCACUUCAGAAUCCUGUAUCCCGCCCAUUUUUUAGCACCUGUCCACCCACUAGUACACCUUCUUUCAUUCGUCCCCAGAUUCACCCCUCUGCCACACCACCCCAAGUAGCCACGCCCCCACUUUCUGCUUCAUCUCAAAACACACUUUAUCCAUCUGCCGUCUCUGGUAUGGGUCCACCAUCCCAAAUAUACAUACCAACCAGCUCUCUGCCUCAACCACCACAUCUUUCACAUGUCACACCUGUACUGCCACAGACGCACCCUGGCAUUCUGGGUGUCUCUCUUGCACCUCCUGUUGGUUUGGCAGCAACCUAUGUAGGAUUACCAAAUAAUCCUCGAGCUGCUUUUUAUCCCCAAGCAACAUUGCGCCCUCCCCAAACAUUAGUGCAGACCCCUACACAAAACUCUUCCUCCCAACCCCUUCCGUCAAACCCUGCAGCGUCAGGCAAACUAGACAAGCUGCUUGAGAAAUUGGGCUCACAUUUCCCUCAAUGCACAAGAGAUCAGUUAACUAGGGUUCUACAGCAAAUCAAGAGUGAGCGUGGAACUAUGGCUGGCCUGUCGAUGGAUUAUGUUAUCUCUCAAGUUGCACAGAUACUCGCACAGAAACAGAGACCUCCACCGGGGCCAAUAGGGCCUCCAUCUGGAGCUAGGCCUUUUCUGGGUUCAGUUGGUCCGAUCCAGCGUCCACCAGCUCAACUGCUGCAUCCCACGAGGCCUUUUUUCCGUGCCCCUGUUGCUCAAGUCUUUCACACAAGACCCCCACAGCCCUCUGCCCGGAAAUUUUGUUUGAUAUGCCAGAUCUCCGUGGAUGCUGGAAACCAAUACAGCACAAACUGCUCUCAUACAAUGCACAAAGAAUGUGUCAGUGUUUGGCUUAAGACCAGCAAGAACAACUCCUGUCCCUUCUGUCCAUCCAAAUGAGGACCGAGAAUACACAUUCACUGCAAUUAAUUUGAAGUUAGAAGUUGAAAUAAUGAUAAUAGUUAUUCAGACAAACAGUUAUUCAGUGAGCCAAGCUUUUGUAUUUCCAUGGUAUUGUAGGUAUCAGGUUAAUGAUGGAAAUUCUUUCAAUAUGAAUUGUUCUUAUCUUCAAUAUUUAUUGUGUAUUCCCAAACAGUACAUUACACAUGUUCUGUGAAGGCCAUGUAACAUGUUUACAAACUUAAAGAAUGUAUGUUUCAAAAUUUAAUAGUUUCAUGGGAUAUAGAAAGCUUGUUUUAUUGCUGUUUAUUUUGUAUUUUUUGAGGAUGAACAAGUACAUUUCUGUACAUUUAAAGGGACAGUUCACCCAAAAAUAAAAAUCAUAAUCAUUUACUCAAGUUGUUCCAAGUCUGUGUAAAUUUCUUGUUGUAAUUAACACAAAGAUUUUUGGUAGAAUGCUGGUAACCAAAUAUGACUACCAUAGUAGGAAAGAUUACAAGGGUAGUCAAUGUUGGCCAUGAACUGUUUAUUUUAAAGACCUUGAUGGUGAGUUGAUGAUAUAAUUUUUAUUUUUGGUAGAAAUGUCCCUAUGGCUCUGUUGAUAUUUUUAUACUUUUAAGAAAACAUAAAUGUAUCUUUGUGCGAAUUAAAAUAAAAAACUGUAGCUCAUUGUAAAAUGCUAAAUUAAAUACAAUUAAAAAGAUUUAUAAU